AUGGCGGAAGACAACAAGGAUCUUGGAGAACUCGACGCUUGGUUGCUUUCAACGCCCAAGGAUGUUCACCCAGAAGCGUACGCAUACCAUUGCGAGCGAUUGUUGAACCAGGAUCCUCCAUUUGUCCUCAUGUCCACCGGCAAGCAGUUGCCUGGUCUGCCUACCAGCAUCCAAGCGACCAUUGCUAUUCUGAAGGACCCCAAGAAAUGUCCACCUGGCGGCAUCUCGAAGCUGAACCCUCAGCAAGGAAUGCGAUUUCUCCAGCGAUGUGUCGCGAAAAAUGACCCAAGCCUAACCACCGGCUCGAACCCAGCGGUCGAAAUGUUCGACUCUUCUCCCAAGUUUCUUCAGUACAUGCUUCGCUAUGCAAAGACUGCCGAUGGCCAGGCCAAAUGCCGCAGCUCUUUUAUUUCCAAGAUCAACCCAAAGCGGGAAGGAAUGGAAAUUUGGCAUAAUGCUGAAGGCUACGAAAUCUUCAAGUAUGGUGAUACCAUGGACCUUGUGCUUGCCGGUCAGCCACGCCAGAUUUUGGUCGCGUUGGAGAACUCGCCCUACUUUUUGGCGUUCAUCAUGGAUACGGAGCCCGCAGUGCUAGCCCAUAUCAAGAACUUGGAAAAGCCUACGGCGACGGAGCUGAAGCACAUGUUGGAAUUGUCGGCCCGCAUUGCCGUAACGGAGUUCGGUGUCAAAUUCUCAGGCAGUUGGUUUUUCCCGCUGACCAAGCCGCACCCUGCCAUCCCUCGUCGAAUCACGGGUCGCACUGCCGCUGUGGUCCAAGAGACGGCACCACGCACACCAAGCAAGGUGCGUCCUGCUGCAUCCGCAGCUUCAACGCCUACGUCCGCUGCGUCCGUUGCUUCCGCUGCUUCUGCACCACCGCCUUCUCCAGCCUUGCAUCCUGUGCUGGAACAAUCCCUUCGCCAUUUGAUGGAGACUUCGAUGUGGGAACGGGAGGAGCACAACAGAUUGAAGCAAGCGCACCAAGAAAAGUAUUAUGCCCUUGACGGCAGGCUCAAAGAUGGUUUUUCGGUUGUGAAGGAACAGCAGAAGAUCUUGAAGGCGCAGAGCGAUAACGAGUACGGCUCCUUUCGUUCAAUGCAAGAAGGGAACAGAAAAAUGCUCAAUUAUGUCAUCGAAGCGCAAGCAGCGAAAGAUGCAGGGACUCCCUACCUCGACUACUGCGAGGAAGAGACUGUUGUGAGCGAAGCUGCUUACGACGAUGACGAUGACGAUGACGUCUUGGAAUCUCCGGCGAAGGUUGCCUCCAUCGAAACGGAUGGGGACAAUGCACCGCCCAACCGCGACAGUGGCGCGGAGACAGCUGGCUGCAAUAAAUCUUUUGCCGAUUGUGAAGAAGAAAUGAUGGAGUCGCCCAUGAAGAUGGGGGCUGAGGAGAAGACUGGUUCCUUGAAACGCAAGAAGACCGCCGCGACGGCAAGUGCCAAGCGCACAAAGGUGGCUACCCCGAAGCGCUCAUCUGGUCUUCCACCAAAGUCCCCGGGACUUCGCAACACGCCAUCACCGCGCGCGGCUGCCAAGAAGGUCUCAUCCACGGCCACCAAGAAGUCGGCUCGAAAGAACGUGAUGCCUAAAAUUGAUGAAAACGAAGAAAGCAGUGUUGGCUGUGAAGUGGAGUCUCCCAUGGUCGAUGGUUCCCCAGCUGCAAGCAGCAUUUCUUCCAGUAGCAGUACGCGCAGCCUGCGCAGCCGACGACUCUCAUCCCGAGGACGCAAGUGA